ACCCUACGAUAAGUAGCAUACCUCGCAGGACAGCAACGGUGCGAUACUCCAGACAAUAUAAUCAACAUGUCCUCGUCCAAAUCCUCUGACAUUGUUAUCGGUAUUGAUCUCGGUACUACUUAUUCGUGUGUUGCUGCCUUUCAAAAUGGAACGGUGGAGAUCAUCGCAAACGAUCAAGGCAAUCGGACUACACCGUCCUACGUGGCCUUUAAUGACAAGGAAAGAUUGAUAGGCGAAGCUGCAAAAAAUCAAGCCGGGACAAAUCCCACCAAUACCGUAUACGAUGUAAAGCGUGCCAUAGGUCUGAAAUACGACGAUCCCAUGGUGCUCAAAGAAAUUAAGAACUGGCCGUUCGAAGUUAUUAACAGCGAGGGUAACAAGCCCAAGAUAAGCGUGAUGUAUAAGAAUGAGCCUAAGCAUUAUUCUCCCGAACAGAUUUCGUCGAUGGUCUUAUCGAAAUUGAAGGAAACGGCCGAGGCGUAUUUGGGCACCGCGGUGAAUAGAGCGGUCAUUACAGUUCCGGCUUAUUUUAACGACUCUCAGCGACAAGCGACUAAAGAUGCAGGGACUAUUGCAGGGUUCAAGGUUGAACGAAUCAUUAAUGAGCCGACGGCGGCGGCCGUCGCCUAUGGUUUAAAUGCAAAAAAUAACAGCGAAGAAAAAAAUAUAUUGGUCUUCGACUUCGGCGGUGGCACGUUUGAUGUAUCCGUCUUGACUAUGGCCGAAGGGGUGAUUGAGGUUAAGGCCACCGCUGGAAAUACGCAUUUGGGAGGGGAAGACAUCGACGAUAAGAUGGUGGAACAUUUUGUGAGAGAAAUCAAGAGGAAAUACAAAAAAGACAUAAGGGACAACAAGCGAGCGCUGAGACGCUUAAAAACCGCAUGCGAACAAGCCAAGAGAACACUGUCAUCGUCUACUCAGGCUGAAAUCACACUAGAGUCUCUCUGCGAUGGCAUCGAUAUAAACUUCGUCAUGACCCGUGCUAGAUUCGACGAGAUUUGCACGAAUCUAUUUCAGAGCACUAUAGAUCUCGUAAAAAAGGCUUUAGAAGACGCCAAGAUGGACAAGAGUUCUAUAAACGACAUCGUGUUGGUCGGAGGAUCUACCCGCAUACCGAAGGUACAAAAACUGUUAAGGGACUAUUUUGAAAAAGACCUGAGCAAAUCUAUCAACCCGGACGAGGCAGUAGCGUACGGAGCCGCUGUUCAAGGAGCCAUCAUAUCUGGGGACUCGAGUCGAGCUCUAUCCGAAAUGCUCCUUAUCGACGUAACUCCUCUGUCGUUAGGUAUAGAGACGCAGGGUGGCGAGAUGUCGACGUUGAUCGACAGAAAUACAAGCAUUCCUACAAGCAGGAAUAACACAUUUACAACUUACACGGACAAUCAAGAAAGCGUGGAGAUUAAAGUGUUCGAAGGAGAACGUCCAUAUACCAAAUAUAAUAACCUGCUAGGUACUUUCGUGUUGAAUGGGAUACCCAAAGCUCCGAGAGGUACGCCUCAGAUCGAGGUAACCUUUGAUGUUGACGUUAACGGAAUUCUGGAUGUUAAGGCAGUCGAAAAGAGCAGUGGUGCUGAACAGAAGAUAACCAUCACAAACGAUAACCGCAUAUCUAAAGAAGAGAUUGAGCGAAUGAUUCAGGAAGCUGAGAGGAACAAAGAGAACGAUAAGAAAAUAAAAGAGGCCAUUGAAGAAAAGAAUCGACUGGAGCAAACCUGUUACCGGAUGAAGGACCUUUUACCAAUGAUCACAUCGGCUAAUAAAGAGGAUUACGAAAAGCAGAUAGACGAGAUACUGAAUUGGAUUGACGAAACAGAAAAAUCGGAAAUUCCGAAGGAGGAAUAUGUGAAAAAGAACCAAGAAUUGGAAAAGAUACAGAGUGUGAUGAUGCAAGAUAUUUCUUCUAAGAAGUCUACACCGAAUGAUAAAACGGAAAUAAAAGAUAAUGAGCCAGUAAUCGAAGAAGUUGAUUGAGUCAGUCUGUCUGUCUGUUUAUCUAUCCAUCUAUCUAUCCAUCUUUGAUAUAAACCGU